AUAGAUCGUAACAGGUGGUGCCAGAACCUGAUAGAUGUCGAACCACCCCGACUACCACCCCUUCCGGUAAUUUUCUCGACCUCCCGUCGCGCCGCAAGUACAAAGCCUCCGACAAGGAGAGUUGGUGAUCUUCUGUCUUUCUCUAUCGGCACCAUCCUCAAGUCGUCGUCUUCUCAAGAUACCCAAACCCUCUCUCUCGACAUCAACAUGGCACCCUCGGCGACGACGGCCCCUGAGGUGAACGGCACAACGCCUGCACAGGCAAACGGAGUCCAGGAUGCUUCGAGCGAAUUCUCAUAUCCCGAGAUGGCAGCCCCUUACCGGGUGCUCAAGCAGUACCACUCCAAGCCGACGAAGCUGAGAGUCGCCUGCGUCGGUGCGGGCGCCUCGGGCAUGUGCCUCUCGUACAAGAUGAACAAGAUGAUGGUCCCCGGGAGCUGGGAGCUGACCCUCUUCGAGAAGAACGCCCACUUCGGCGGCACCUGGUAUGAGAACACGUAUCCCGGAGUGGCCUGCGACAUCCCCUCCCACCUGUACACCUUCUCGUGGGACCCCAAGCCCGACUGGUCGCACUACUUCGCCUACGGUGGGGAGAUCCAGCGGUAUUUCGAGAACUUCGCCGAGCGCCACGGCUGCAAGAAGUACAUGAAGCUCAACACCAAGGUGGUCGAGUGCCGCUGGGACGAGGGCAGGGGGAUCUGGAACCUCACGCUCGAGGACCAGGUGACCAAGGACCUCUGGCACGACUGGUGCCACGUGCUGAUCAACGGCACCGGCAUCCUCAACAACUGGGCCUGGCCCGAGGUCGAGGGGCUGCACGACUUCGCCGGCCCCAAGAUGCACUCGGCGCAGUGGGACCACUCGGUCGACUUCAAGGGCAAGACGGUCGGUAUCAUCGGCACGGGCAGCACCAGCGUCCAGAUCGUGCCGACGCUGCAGCCCGAGGUCGGACACAUGAAGGUCUUCAUGCGGUCCUCGACCUGGAUCUCCCCGCCCUUCGGCGGCGGUGUCCUGGACUCGGAGCUGCGGAAGGACGCCGUGGACAACGACGCCGGGAAGAGGCAGUACACCUUCACCGACGCGGACAAGGAGAAGUUCAGGGACGACAAGGAGUACCACCUCAUGUUCCGCAAGCGCAUCGAGGCCGAGAUCAACUCACUCUUCGGCAUGUACCAGCAGGGGUCGGAGAUGUCGAACCACUUCCGCAAGGCCAUCACCGAGGAGAUGCACCGGAGGAUCGGGCCGGGCCAUGAGAAGCUCAAGGAGUUCAUCGUGCCGAAGUGGUCGCCCGGCUGCCGGCGCAUCUCACCCGGCGACGGCUACCUCGAGGCGCUCGUCAAGCCCAACGUUGAGACGGUGUUCGGCGGCAUCAGCAAGAUCACGAAGGAAGGCAUUGUCACGGCAGACGGCCAGCUGCACAAGCUCGACGUGCUCGUGUGCGCAACCGGGUUCAAGGUGGCUUUCCGGCCGGCCUUUAAGGUCAUCAACGGCGAGGGCAAGACGCUGGACGAGGACUGGGGCGAGGGAGUCAACCUGUACCUCGGGGUGUCGGCGCCGCGGUUCCCCAACUACUACACCAUCGUAGGGCCCGGGGCGACGUGGUCGUCGGGCACGCUACUGCCGUCAAUCGAGACGACCAUCGAGUACUCGGUCAAGAUGAUGAAGAAGAUCCAGCACGAGCAGAUCCGGUCCAUCGACGUGCAGCAGGGCGCCGUCGACGACAUCUACGCCCACUUCGACGCCUUCCACAGCACCACCGUCUUCCAGGAGGAGUGCCGCAGUUGGUUCAAGGACGGCAAGAUCAAGAACAGGAUCUACCUGUGGCCGGGAUGCACAAUCCACUUCCUCAAGACGAUCAAGGAGCCCAGGCUCGAGGACUACAAUAUCCGAUACCGAUACGGCAACCGGUUCGCCUUCCUCGGCAACGGCGAGGUCAAGGCCAACACGACGGGCGACGUCAAGGGCUUGAGCACCUAUGUCCGCGACAGCGAUCACGACUGGGAUGUCGAAUAAUUGUCCUUCCUGCCGUGUGUUCGAAGUAUAUAAGGGAUGAGGG